AUAGCGAGCAAGAGAAGGCAAGGGCUCUUCAACUAUUCGCGUCAUUCGCAGACGUUUUCUGAAGAUCGCAUCACUUCUUUGUCGCCACUCAAAUCGCUUUAUUCCUUAGUCUACGGAAACCUCAUUCAAUAAGUGUCUGGAUUAAUUUAUAAAGGGAUAUUUCGAAAUAUUAUUCUGGUACAACGGACGGUAGACGGGGACUCUGUGCGACUGCCCUACUAAGGCAGAUUUCUGUCUGGCACUAAAGCGGCUCCAGUUUUGGAUUCGCUACCUAGUUUUGGAUCUGUUUAGGGGAUCCUUUCGUCCUCUCGCAACGUCUAAAUCUAUAUUGAAGAUCACAUCAUGUGCAGACAGAUAUGAUAUUUAGAAGAUAAGGGAUAAAAACGUAGACAACAGCCUGUGUUAAAGCUUUUUUGCUCUCGGAUCAAGGAUUGUGUGGAUUAUUUUUUUUCUACAGAAAACUGGACAGCUUCGUUUUUUUCCUCAUGGAUAUAUAGCCUAAUUCUAGUAUUUAACUAGGCAAUUUAUCGGCCCCAAAUUACACAGAUACCCAACUCGUAACCAUAUGCGUAAAAUAUCAUCUGUUACAAUGUUUAUCUUUCUACAUGGGCUACUGAAUGAACGGAACGAAUUAAGCAUUUCAUGUUCACAGUAGUUCAACGUUGUAACAAAUUCUUUAUGCUGCUAUUUUGUAUUCUAGAUGCUCAACGUUCUUACAUUGAAAAGUGUUUAUAUUUCGAUAUAGCUGCAUUUUAGUUCGGACCAUUAUAGGUUUAUAACUCCGUUAAGGUGAUGGUGCAUUUCUCCUUACAGAGAAGGUUACUAUCACGACUGGAGCCUUGAUUUUUUUUUGCGGGGUUGAUUUUUUUUAUUUGAUUUUUUAUUAAAGACUGGCGUAUGCUACAGAUUUUCUUGCCUUCUCCAACUCCUAGUUUCUCCAUACUAUUAUCUCAGGCUGCUUGUCGUUGCCUGUACACGGAUCCCGGAAUCUUCAUGAUUUGCGUACAUCAUGCUCGUUUUUUAGCCGGGAAAUCCUCUUUUCGUCCCGCAUGUUUAGGACCAAACGAACUGGGCUCGUCCGGCGACUCUGGAGGAGCCGUGCGCCGGUCGAGGGCGACGGGGAUGCGGAUACACGAACGCAUGGAUCCGGGGGUUGCUGUAUGGGUAAAUCGACGAAGGUUGCCGGAAAAACUAGCGCCGGAACGGAUGCUGAAUUGAAAUCCCUGACCCACUCGAUACUGAAACAAAUCAAAGAGAAACCAUUAGAGGGGCUCUUGCAAGCGGUCGAGUCAAAGGGGGGUGCGCGGAGCCCCUGCCUGCUCCUACCCAGCAAAGUGGACACCAAACUGGGUCAGCAGUCUUAUUCCCUCCCCUUGCUGCUCUACAAAGUGUUUCGGUGGCCGGACCUCAUGGAUUGCUCGGAAUUAAAGAGGCUGUCUUGCUGUGAAUCCUAUGGGGAAAUGAACCCAGAACUCGUUUGCUGCAAUCCGCACCACAUGAGCAGGCUUUGUGAACUCGAGUCUCCCCCUCCUCCUUAUUCCCGAUAUCCAAUGGACUUUCUUAAACCACCCGAUUCUCCAGACUCGGGGCCUUCAUCCACAGAGACUGGAGGAACUACCUACUCGGCCCCUGUGGGGCUCUCAGGUAAGACGCAAGGCCAUGGUUUUAAUUUAUCUCUCUCACUCUUUCUGUUGCUCUCUCUUUCUGUCUCCCACCCUCCCUCUGUCAUGAUGCUCUGGCUAGCUGGAGGGGCCACCACCCUCCCUCUGUCAUGAUGCUCUGGCUAGCUGGAGGGGCCCCCACCCUCC